AGUGGGCUAUUUGCCCACUUACUGUGACACAGUUGUAACAUAUUCCCAUCUUUGCUACCAGGCUGAAGCGUACCCGGUUAUUUUUAGACACUUUGCUCUGUCUGUCGGCUGCACAGAAUUAAAACCCGCGCUGUAAUAAGACUAUUACACGAAUAAACCUCGCGUGGACUACUGAACAAAACAAGACGUCAAAGUCGAGGCCGAGUGCGACAAUGUUGUUCAGAUUCGGAGUCAUUCUCACGCCAGAGUCCGCGGACGUGGAGCUGCUGAUUUUGGGCUCGCGAGAGGAAAUGGGCCACUGGGACCUGAGCAGAGCGGUGCUCAUGAAAACCUCACAGAAGCUUCUGUCGUGCCACGAACCGAGUCUGUGGACCUGCGACGUGCAGCUGGCAGAGCCAUACCGAGACCCACUGUGGUUUAAGUUCAUCAAGAGAGUCCGAGGUUCUUACGUGUGGGAAGGUAGCGGUCCAAGCCAUGACAGGUGCUGUGUGUAUGAUAAGAGGAACAUGGUAGAUGGAGUGCACUGCCACCCAAUCGGUCACUGGAUAGAGGAAACGGGACACACGGAUGAGAUGAAACACACCACCAGCUUUUACUUCAAUGUGGCUGGUCAGAAGGCCAUGCACUUUUCCAGGGUGCUUCCAUGCAUUUGGCUUGGCAGCUGUCCUCGACAGGUGGAACAUGUGACGAUCAAGAUGAAGCAUGAACUGGGCGUCACUGCAGUGAUGAACUUCCAAACAGAGUCAGACUUGGUGAACAACUCCUAUGGCUGCAGACGCAACCCUGAUGAGGCCAUGACCCCAGAGACCAUGAUGCAUUUGUACAAAGACUGUGGCAUUGUGUAUGUGUGGCUGCCGACACCUGACAUGAGCACUGAGGGUCGCAUUAGGAUGCUUCCCCAGGCUGUAUUCCUGCUUCACGGUCUCUUGGCGAAUGGCCACUCCGUGUAUGUUCACUGUAAUGCUGGAGUGGGCAGGUCGACAGCUGCUGUGUGUGGCCUACUCAUGUACGUCCUUGGCUGGAGUCUGAGGAAGGUGCAGUACUUUGUCACCGUCAGGAGGCCAGUUGUGUACAUAGAUGAGGAGGCUUUAGUCCGGGCCCAGGCAGACUUUGUCCAAAAGUUUGGACAACUGAGACCAUCCUUCUCUUACCUAGAGACAUGAGAGUUAAGAGUGUCCUUGUGCUGACGUUUUCGUUGUGAAGAAAAACCUUUCUGGACUUGGAAGUGAAUAUAUAAGUAUGUAAAUAACUGACUUCAGCAACUUGGCUUUUGAAAUCUAAUUGAUCCCCACUAAUGCAUGGAGAUUUCUACUGUUUAGCAAUUGAUAGUACUGUGAUAGUUUGGCUUUAAUCUACAGGAAUUACUACCCUGUCAAAUGAUGCACUGAGGACAACAUUAGCAUUUCUCAGUAAAUGUCCACAGGGGAAUUGGGAUUGCAAUGGCAUUUUCUUUCAGCCGUUUUUGUAAUAAUCAAUGAACAGUGUUGACAUUUUGAGAAUGUGACUUUUAACUCAUGUGUUGAACAGCAGGCAUUGAGAGAAACAUAAAGCAAAACAAACUAAAUAUCAAUAUACUAAAAAGUGACAGAGACGUUGUGCACAGUGCAGGGUAUGAUAUUUCAUUUAUAGGCAGGUAGGAAGCAUGCUAAAAAUGUAGGGAAAUACAAACUACUCCCUGUUAUUCUCCAUUUGCACAACUGUCUAUCAAAAGAAUCCCUUUUUUUUCUUUUAGAAGGAAAGAUUAUGUUUUUUGAAGCAAAGUCUUGAUGCAGCAUGAAAAUGGCACUCCUUACCAAAGCAACAAAUUCAUUUGUGAAAUGACAAUGCCUCUCUAUAUCUGUCAAGGUAUUCUGUUCCGAGACAUCGAAUAACGCAGCUCCGCCUCUGCCUUCCUCUGAAAGCUUGAUCGCAUUUCGUUUUUAUUUAUUUAUCCAGCAGAUGUUAUUCAGACCCAUCUCCUAAAUAACCAACACAACAUCCCUUCCGGACCAUUUUAAUGCAUACACAAUAAGACAUUAUUGGAGUACCUUUCUUCUGCCUAGACACACAAUAAGGAUAUAUUGCUUUUUCUUUUACAAGAUACUGUUUUGAUUGGAGAAAUUUAGUGGAUUUGGGAGUAGAGAAGAGUCUUCUCAAACACGUCUUACAGCUUCUCAUUUCUUUUCAGUAAGUCCCUGCAGAAGACAGCACCUUAAAAGGGUGUCAGUGGAGACGAGUGGGUGGAUGGAGCCCUGCGUGUGUGCUAGCGGAAGCAAAACUGUGGGUUUCUAAACAUUCUAAAAAUAAAUGCAUAAAACCUGAAUUUUUUUUUUACUGAGUAGAAUGUGGAGCUGGUUUGAAAAAUAAGUACCUAUACCUUAUAUACCUUACUAUAUGUGUGCAGCUACUGAAGUUUGUCACUUAAAUGGAUGCCAAUGUUAUUGGUAAAUGUGUCACAUACUCUCAGAAGUCGGGGUUAGAAACUCUAACAGAGACAAUUUAAUAUGUAGCAGGUGUUCCACAAAUAUAGAUCUUCGUUUAAUCCAGAAUGUUUCCUGAGAAUACACCAUGCACUUGUUUCCCUUGUGUUUUGGUUUGCUGUAAGUCCCUGACAAGAGUUUGUUCCGCAUUUCCCUCACUUUACAGAUUUUUGUUUUGCUGAUUUAAAGCUCCACAUGAUAUUCACCAUUGUAAA